CCGAUGGGAUGCAUCUACCGGUGGGUUCCGUGGGUUGCGGGGAGAAUUACGCCACCGUUGGAUCCCACGAAGGCGCCGGUCCGUGCGGCCCCUCACUGGCGCCUCUUCAGGGGGUAAACACCAGGUACCAGCAGGCCGACGACGCCGACGCCGGGGGAGGUGGUGGCGAAAUGAGCGAGGGUGCCGCCGUCGGCGAGCUUUGGUGGACCGAAAGACUCGUCGGCGAGGCACAAGCUGAACAUCCUGGUGAAUUAGUUCGAACAGGAUCACCAUAUUUUCUCUGCAGUCAAUUGCCAACACAUUGGAGAUCCAACAAAACGCUUCCAGUUGCGUUCAAAGUUGUCGCUCUGGGCGAAGUCGUCGAUGGAACAUUGGUGACAGUACGAGCGGGUAAUGAUGAAAACUGUUGCGCCGAACUAAGGAAUUCCACCACGUUGAUGAAGAACCAAGUCGCCAAAUUCAACGAUUUAAGGUUCGUCGGAAGAAGUGGUAGGGGGAAGAGCUUCAGCAUCACCAUCACGGUGUCGACGACGCCUCCCCAAGUGGCCACGUACACGAGAGCCAUCAAGGUGACCGUGGACGGACCCAGAGAGCCCCGAUCCAAAACGAGGCAGACUCACAUCCCCGGAUUGGCGCGGGUUCCCGCGCUUCCCCGUGUUCCCGGCUUGACCCGAGGGACUUUCCCCGACGCGCCAAGCCCGUUCACUCCCUACCUUCGGGACUCGGAGCCGUACAGGAGGAAUAAGCAUCACGUCGGCAACAACGUCACCGCGAAUUCGGUUAGCGGUGCCUGCACCAACCCCAACAACACCGACCCGACCGCAUCGCCUGCUUCGAGCGCGCACCUCGGGCCAAACAGCGGCUCCUCGGCUCAUCAGGAUUGCUACAAGCACAGCCCUCAGCACGGUGACACGGGUACGGCAGGCAGCGCGGAAUGGACUUAUCCGUCGGCGGCGCCGUCUUAUCCGGCUCCUCCGGUAAGCAGCGGCGGCUCGUUUUCACCGAUUCCUGGAGGGGCGUUCUCGUAUCCAGGUGAAGCCCUUUCUCAUCACCCGACCACGGAGCCGGUACCAUUGCCAACUGUUCUGCCGUCGGACACCAGCCAACAGGACACGUACACGCCGAACUGCGUGUCCAUGUAUCCGAGCCACGGCGCCUCGUCGACCUCGUUGCCCUUGGUUCCCGCGAAGUCGAGCGACCCUGACAUCUUCGCGGGGGGCGGGACAGGGAGCGGAAGCCCGGGGAGCUACCACUACGGUUCCUGGACCUCGGGCCCGGCUACGCCUGUCCCCGUCGCCUCGCACAACUACAACCCGAAUUACCAGGGCUACUACAACAAUCCAAGCCAGAACUACAUCAGCCCUGCCCCCAUGGUCCUCUACCCCCAGUUGUACAGCACGGUGAACCAGAACCAGAUCCACCUGCACCUGCACGGGGACCUGAGCGAGGAGCAGGUGACCAUUGCCGGUAGCAAUCUGACCAUAAGCAGCAACAGGCUGGAGAUCGGCGUGAUGGGCGAGGAGAACGAGCAGAGGAACGACGUUUGGAGACCUUACUGAGCUCACCUCGCUUCCACCGUGGCGUGGAAACACCGCCGCUUUCUCACUUUGCCAGUGCGAGUUUUGGACCAAGGGCGGAACC